AUCAUACAAUUUAAACUAUUUUGUUGUUUAUCAGUGGGUUUCGAGUUUUGUUCUUGUUUGAUUGUUUUGAAGAGUUCUGACUAUGGUGGAAUUUUUUCUUUCAAUAAAAUAAGUGAUGGGUCAAACUGAGUUUUCCUUGAAUGGGGCAUUUGGGUGUUCUAGUCAAGAACCCAGAUGAAACUCUUUACAAGAACUGCAUGGCAAUUUGCUUAGUAGCCAGGCAUUGAGGUGCUCUUUGUAAAACAUGGCCAAGAAUUGAGGCAAAUGCAUGUAUUCUAGAUUGUGGGUCUUUUAGUUGAGAGGGUCAGCAAGAAAAGAAAAUUUCUUUUGCGAAAUAUUUUAUGUGAGCAGGUGUUUGGGCUCUCAAAUCAUUUGAGUCAAGUGUGCUUUUCAGUAAUCUUUUCUGGCAAUGGAUUUUACCAGAAGAAUCCUUUUGGCUAUUUCAAAGCAGCCAGUAGUAGCCACUAACCAGUAAGAAACUGGAAGUUGUACUACAUUGGAAGGUUUGGCUUGAUGGCUUCGUCAGUGAUAAAAUCUGGAGCAUUGGUUUCACUGGAGGACUUGCAUCCGUCGUCACCGCACUUCAAGCAAGGGACUUCACUUAGAGUAACUGGAAAGCUACAAGAGUAUUCUGCAGAGACAGCUAUUGCCAUGAUUGUUGAUGGAAGUGCCCAAUUAAAGAUUAACACCGAGCAUCUAAGGAACCUGAGUUUGAGACUUGGCUCCUUCUACCAGUUUAUUGGGGAACUACUUAUUCAACCUGAUGAUAAUGAGGCAAUCUUACAGGCACGUGUUGGAAGGAAUGUCGAUGGCAUUAAUCUUGAUCUCUAUCAUCAGUCUUUGCAGCUGCUAAGACAAUUUCAGGCUGAUCAUCAGAAGAACCCAACAACUUGAUAAAGUUCUAGUUUCGAAAGGCUCACAUUGACAUUUUUUUUUCUCUGAUUAAGGUAUCAUAGUAACUUAAAUCAUAUUUGAAAUGCCGGUCGACUGAUAAUUUUUAUUAUUGUUUGACUAUUUUUUUGUGACUAAUUAUUGUAAAUAUGGUCUUGAUUGUGCUAGUCUUGACUGUUAUAAUACCUGGCUUGAAAUUAAUGCUCUCAUAGGAUAGAGUAAUUUUCCCAUGGUCAAUGUCACAUGUUAAUUGUAAAAACAAAAUGAUGCUACUCUUUAAAUGAAAUAGGCUAUUAGCAAGGUAGUCCUAGCAUUGUGGUA